ACAUGGACUGUAUUCAGACCUCUACUAGAUCCAGUUACUGGUGGGAAUAAUUGUAUUUGUUAUGACCAAUUCAAAGGAAUGCUUAAUAGUUGUGUACAGUCACAAGCCUUGCCAGGUACCUCCAAUGAACCUUGCAGUGAUACCAGCACUUCACCUCAGACUAGUGCUCCUGUCUGUGAUGAACUUGCGGAGGUAAAAGAAGCAAUUGUUAGUAAUAUGGCUAAUAACCAAAAGGAAGCAGUUUUUCAGAAUUCAAAUGCAGGAGAAACCAGCUGCAAGUUACUAACUGCACAAAAUGUAAUGGAGGACCCCAGCUGUUCACACAGAAAAGAUUCCAGUCCAGUGGUGAUCUGCCAGUUGAAAGGAGGUACUCAAAUACUCUGCAUAAACAAUUCUGGCACAAGAGAACUGAAAACAGUUCAUCUGGUUCCCCAGUAUCAAAACCAACAUAAUUAUCUUCAGUCAGAUGUGCCUAACCCUAUGACAUCUCUGCUGGGACAAUUUUUGCCAAUUCCAGGUAAAGUGGAUCUCAAUGAACAACAGCUUGAGAAUGGAUCCUUACAAUCAGUAGCUAGCAGUGCUACAUUCCAAUCAGAAGUAAAUCUUCAAGGGCCAACAAACAUGACUUUAGUUGGAUUGCCUCUUAGAUCAUGGGAUACAAAGUCUAAAAAACCGUGUAACUGUACCAAAUCUCAGUGUUUGAAAUUAUAUUGUGAUUGCUUUGCCAAUGGUGAUUUUUGCAACAACUGCAACUGUAAUAAUUGUUACAACAAUCCACUUCAUGAAACUGAGCGGUUUAAAGCUAUUAAGGCUUGUCUUGAUAGAAACGCAGAAGCUUUCCUACCAAAGAUUGGGAAAGGGAAACUGGGGGAUAUUAAACCUCGCCACAACAAAGGAUGUAAUUGCAAGCGCUCAGGGUGCCUUAAGAAUUAUUGUGAGUGCUUUGAGGCAAAAAUUAUGUGUUCCUCUAUUUGCAAAUGCAUUGGUUGCAAAAAUUAUGAAGAAAGCCCAGAUCGAAAAACACUAAUGAACAUGCCCAACUACACGGAGAUUAGAAAUAAUGAAGAAAACAUCCUUGUUUCAACAUCUACAUUUGAAAUGUUAUCAAAAUCUAGAAGAGACAGGCAACCUACUACAUGUAUAUCCUGGGAAGUGGUUGAAGCAACAUGUGCUUGUCUCCUGGCACAAGCUGAAGAGGCAGAAAAAGAAACUUACUCUGUUUGUCUAGCAGAGCAAAUGAUCUUGGAAGAGUUUGGGAGAUGCUUGUCACAGAUUCUGCAUUCAGAAUUUAAGUCCAAAGGGCUGACAGUUGAGCAAUGUGAGCUGCAUGAGGAACUAAACUGA